AUGCCAAUAGCUACCUCCCUCCCCUCCCGCAAUGUCACUUUGCGCUACCCCGCCGAACUCCUAGAAGAAAACUACCAGCUCCUAGAGCUCCCCGCAGACAUCCUUAAGCAGAUUGAGGGAAAAUCUGAUGCCUUUCCCCUGACCAUCAAGGGCCGUCCUUCUGACGAUGCCGUCUUGUGCACACCUACAUCCACAUACCUCAUCCGCACAGUCGGCAUCUCCAACUCGCUCCUCGUCUGUCGAGAGCCCAAACUCCCAAACGUCAACGGGAAUGACGAGCUGGAAAUCCGCGAUAUCAGCCACGAAAUUUUGGAGCUCGUCCCGCAGCCACCCAAUCUGGAGCGGAUACGCACCCUCCUCCGUCCGACCGCAUGGAAGGGUAUCGGCCAUGGCUUGGAGCCCACGCUAGGAAAGCGCAAGCGGGGAUGGAGCAGAGUCCAAAUGGAGAGCGUCAUCCAAGCUAGCGAUGCCGAGUUGGCUGCUGGGAUCAAGGAGAGGAACGUCGUAGAGAUUGAUAACCGCCUUGUCCUACUCCCCUCCUUAAUCCUUGGCCUCCUUCUCCAAAUCAUGUUCAACCUCCUUGCCAUCCACACCAAAGCAGGUGCAGCACGCGCGCCGUCCCGACCCAUCAUUCGCGCCCUCGAAGAAGACCACGAAGUCCCGCCCGAGAUCAGCGCCGCAGUCAUCCGUCUCUUCUCCACCAACACCGCUGGCGCGAUCGAGGUAGACUCCUCUGGCGAUCUCGACGUCGAGUGGAUUGCCGAUACCAAGAGAAUGGUACAGGAGAUCGGGCGGGGGCUGCUGGAAACUCUCAAGGGUGCAAAGCGGCUCGACCUGUUUGAGGGAGAAUGGCGUGAGGCCGUGUCAGAUUGGGAAGGCCUUGUCGAUAUCAACAUGCUGCAAGGCAACUACCUCCUCAACGCUCCACCCCCAUCCUCCACGGCACACUCUUCUCCCCUCAUCUCCUACUUUCCCGCCCAUACCCUCCCCCUCGCCCCCGCCAUUCGCUUUGCCGAUCUCUUCCUCACUCGGACACCAUGGAAACCAGAAGACAUGGCGCCGUUUCUCAAAGGCCUGUAUCGAGAGGGAGACACAAAGGAGCGGGACAAGCUGGUGUCCAAGUUUGUCCGGGUUGUCAAGGACAAGCAGGGGUCUUUGUGGUACCCACGUAGGAGCGGCUAG